AUGCCGGCAUUUCGUUGUGAGCAGCGGGUAGAACUGAGGAAGAAGACACUUUGCAGGAGGAGGAAGCUGAUAAUGUCUUCAGAGCACGGAGCUAGCAAACGGCAUCAUAACCCAGUGGAAAGUAUUUGCAGAAAGAUCAAAUCCAUCCAAAUGAUGGACCAGGUCACUAAUCCUGCAUUGCAGAUACCAAAAUUUCAGUCUCGAAACUUUGACAGUCCACAGUAUAAUAUCAAAAAAAAUCUUGAAGAAAUCCUGAAGAAAAGAACAUGUAGAAGCCAUAAUAAUACUACUCUGCUUCUCAGAAGUGCCAGUAGUGACAGUACCUUCUCGCCAGACUUGCAGGAGCUGUCGCCAUGUUUCAGGCAUAUCUCUGACUGCUCUUCUGCUAAUGCCACCUACUCACUCACUGGUAGUGGAGAGAAGACUGGUAAACCAUGGACACCAAUAUACCAUGCUGAGAAGAGUACUCCAUCCUUCCUCAGAACUAGAGAGGCUAAUGCCCAGAAUGAGUUGUGUGUUUUAUCAAGCACUGGAUCUAAAGAUGUGCCUCAUGACCAGAAGUACCUUACAUCAAGUCCAAAUGUAUAUUUUUUGACAUCUGAUCAAAAGUCAGAAGGUGCCGUAGUACGGUCUUCUGUGUCAAAGAGACUAUCUUUGACUGAAAGAGGAUGGAAAUGGUCUGUGGGCUCCAAAGUUGAUGACAUGUAUCAUAUAAGCAUGAUCUGUGAAGAAGACUUCCUGACUACUACCUUCUGUGCAUGUGAUGUAGAGCAUACAGGAAAAGUAGCUGUUUCCAAGCUUGUUGAUCUUCUGAGACAUACGACUAGUCGGGGAUCAGAGGACAGUGGCCUUGAAGAGCUGUGCAACAUGCUUGACCCGGAUCAAAGAGAUGUCUCUGUGGACCUAGAAACAUAUCAUGCUAUCAUGAAGGAGUGGAUUGAAGACCCAAAAAAGAUGUCUGUUCGAUUGAAUGUUACUUCAGGCAGCUUAGAGGCCUUUGGGGGUGAUGCAUCCAAAGGAGACUUAGAGACUUCUGACUUGAUAACCUGCGUCGCAGACCUGCAGUACAACAACCGGAGGCUUCAGGAAGAGAACAGCAAAUUGAAGCUGACACUGGAAGCUGUGGAUGAGGCCAACAAUAAAUUAGUGGCAGAUAACGAGGAUCUACGUCAACAAAUAAAAAGUAUCCAGCACUCGGUGAUGAAAGCCAAAUUGCUGGAGGAAGAAUUAGAAGAAGCAAAAAACAGCCUGAACUUCUCAGAAGAGAAGAGGCAGCAGAUUCUGUGCCAGAAUAAACAACUAGUAGGUGAUCUUGCUUCUCAUUGUAUGUUGUACAACUUCUUGGCUGUAACAAUGGAAAAAGAAAAUCAGUCUCUCAUCAUCAAAAUGACUUCUCUUCAAGAAGAGAAUAUUAGGAAUAGCCUGGACACUGAUGGACUUCAGAAGAAGAUUUUGGAGUUGUCUAAAACUGCAGCAGAGCUUCAAAUCCAAGCACAUGACUAUGAGACUAUUGUGGUGAAUAAAGAGGCAAGCCUGAUCCAGAAGGAGCAGAACAUCAAAGAACUGAAGUCAACAAUUGUGGAAUGUUCCUCAAUAAUAGAGACUUUGCGAGCUGAAAAAAAUAAACUACUAGAGAAUCUGCAACACAUGCAGCAGGAACUGAUCUCAAAUGGUCUGAGCUUCCCAUUGAUGUACAAGCUUAACAGCAGUAUAGUUGAAGGAACAAACUCACUGCACUGUGAGCUGGAACUUGCACAGGCUUCUGAGCUUACCAAGACUGAAUGGUCAUCUCUGGAUGAAACACUGGACCGUGAAGUGUUGUUCUUGCUUCAAGGACCCGAAUAUGCUGGGGAAAAAUUUAAGACUAUUAUGCAAGAACUGCUUCUUCUUGCUGAAGAACCAGAGAACCUUGUCAUGACUACUUUACAAUGGGUGGAAGAUCUUGAUGUUCCCAUCAAGCAGGUUUGGGAGAGAAAGCUUGUAAUUCUCAAGCAAGAGCUAAAAGAAAAGAGAGAGCUUUGGGUCCAGAAACUUCAUCUCUUAGAAAAAUACAAGGAAUCCGUAGAUAACGAUUUUAUUAGAAUGGCAGGCAACCUGAGGCGAAGCAAGACAGAGCAACUUCACCUAAGGAAAGAGCUCUCUGCCAGGCAGCGUGAGGUAGAAGCUGUCAAACAGCUGCAGGAAGAAGCUGCUGGCCAGGCAGAAGCCUUGGGUUUAGAUCUAGAAAAAGCUACAAGGCAGCUUGAGGAUGCCAACAGAGAGGCAAAGGAGCAAGUUGAGGCAUUACAUUCUGCUUGCAAAGAAGCUGCCUCCCUGAAAUUCAGGUUAAAGGAAGCCAUUUCUGAGCAGCAAAAACUCCAGAAUAUGAAUGCAGCUUUAAGGAGCACUUGCCACUUGCUUCAGGAGAAGAUGGAAGAGCAGAAAAAGCACUGUAGAUGAAGAACCUGAUU